CACAGCGCUAACAGUAGGUUAAAAUUAAUUUGGUCAGUUUGUCCGUCACAUGUCCCGCAGUUCGCCGCAGCUCGUGCAUUUCCCCCCCCCACGCGGGUCCCGGUUAUUCGUUAUCACCAUUUUCCUGGUAUUUUCCCGGAGACUGGUCGGCGGCUCCACUGUUCCCGCCCCUGUCGCCGCUUCCUCGCUCCUCCCCGCAUCUCGCAUCCUAGGCUUCCCGCUUCUGCGCACCUCGACCGGGCCUAAGCCGUCCGCUUUCACUCGUUCACUUUCCCCUUGACGCGACCAGCAUGUCGGAGUACAGUGCGGUUCCCCCGCCCGGGGCUGGAGCUUCCCUGGGCGGACAGCCUCCGCUGGGCGCCGGGGGUGGCCUGAAGAAGGACGCGUUUGCGGACGCCGUGCAGCGGGCCCGUCAGAUCGCAGCAAAGAUCGGGGGGGAUGCCGGGGGAGCCCCACUGAACAACAGCGCCGCCCCAGAGGGCUUCCCCUAUACAGCACAGAAGCGGCAGCUGGAAGAUGCAGAACAGCCAGAAAGUAAGAAAAUGGCGUCCCAGAGUGACCGUGACUCUGCCACUUCUCUAUCGAUCGGAGCCCAGCUGGCUGCCUUAGCACAGCAGAGGCCGACGACCGCCACAGAGGAGUACAGUGUCCCCGAUGGCAUGGUUGGGCUCAAGCCUCAGGUGCCCCCCCCAGAGUGUCCAGUUAUUGGCAGAGGGGGUGAACAGAUCAACAAGAUUCAGCACGACUCUGGCUGUAAGGUUCAGAUCGCCCCAGAUAGUGGAGGGCUUCCAGAAAGGAAUGUGUCCCUCACCGGCUCUCCAGAAUCCAUACAGAAGGCAAAGAUGUUCCUGGAUGAGAUCGUAUCUCGAGGGAGGGGCACGCCCCCAUCCUCAUUCCACGAGUCCACCAAUGGGCAGAGCGGCUCUGUGCAGGAGAUGAUGAUUCCUGCUGGCAAGGCUGGACUCAUCAUCGGCAAGGGGGGGGAAACCAUCAAGCAGCUGCAGGAGCGCGCGGGAGUGAAGAUGAUCCUGAUCCAGGAUGGUUCCCAGAACCCAAAUAUGGACAAACCCCUGCGCAUCAUCGGGGAGCCGUACAAAGUGCAGCAAGCGCGGGAGCUGGUGCAGGAGAUCCUGCGGGAGAGGGACCACCCAGGAUUCGGAGACAGGAGCGAGUACGGCUCCCGCAUGGGGGGGGGCGGCGGUGGCGGCGGCGGCAUGGAUGUGCCCGUCCCCCGCCACUCUGUUGGUGUCGUCAUCGGGCGCAACGGCGAGAUGAUCAAGAAAAUCCAGAACGAUGCCGGAGUCAGGAUACAGUUCAAGCCGGAUGACGGCGUAGGGCCAGACAAGGUGGCACACAUAAUGGGUCCCCCGGAUCGCUGCGAGCACGCUGCCCGCAUCAUCGCAGACCUGCUGCAGAGUAUCCGUGCACGUGAAGAAGGCCAGGGGGGGCCCCCAGGACCCCCGGGCAUGCCACCAGGGAACAGGGGACGGGGCCGAGGCCAGGGUGGCUGGGGCCCCCCCACCGGCGAGGUCACCUUCUCCAUCCCUAGCCACAAGUGUGGCCUGGUCAUCGGCCGCGGGGGCGAGAACGUCAAGGCCAUCAACCAGCAGACGGGGGCCUUCGUGGAGAUCUCUCGCCAGCUGCCCCCCAACGGGGACCCCAACUACAAGCUGUUCAUCAUUCGUGGCUCCCCCCAGCAGAUCGACCACGCCAAGCAGCUGAUUGAGGAUAAGAUAGAGGGUCCGCUUUGUCCUUUGGGUCUGGGUCCAGGAGGUCCCGGCCCAGCUGGGCACAUGGGGCCUUAUAACCCCAAUCCGUACAACCCCGGCCCACCAGGCGCCCCUGGUCCCCAAGGCUCAUGGGGCCCUUUUCCUUGCAGUGGGGGGCCCCCAGCUCCACAUCAGUACCCCCCUCAGGGCUGGGGAAACACCUACCAGCAGUGGCAGCCCCCCGGACCUCACGACCCCAGCAAGGCAGCUGCAGCAGACCCCAACGCGGCCUGGGCCGCCUACUACGCCCAGUACUACCAGCAACCCGGUGGGCCUGUGCCCAACCAGCCCCCCUCCGCGCCCGCGGGGGCACCGGUGCCCGGCGAGCAGCCCCAGGCCGCUCAGACCCCUGCUGGGCAGCCAGACUACACCAAGGCCUGGGAGGAGUACUACAAGAAGAUGGCCCAAGCCGGCGGCACGGCAGCAGCCCCGGCCAGCGGAGGCGGCCAGCCUGACUACAGCGCUGCCUGGGCGGAGUACUACAGACAGCAGGCCGCUUACUACGGACAGCCGGGGGCCGCCACCCCAGGGCAGGCGGCCGCCCCGCAGCCCGGACAGCAGGCGCAGUGAAGAGACACGGAUCCGAAUCGGAGGCAGGAGAUGAGCACCGGGCGGCAUUCUGCUAAACCAGCCAGCAAUCUGGACACUUCUUCGUUUUUAAGUCUGUUUUUAUGUUUUUGAGCGAAGCUGUGUUGCCUCACCUUCCAGCAGGGUGUCGGCCCUCGUCUUUUUUUUUU